AUGAAGGUGGUCACUUACAAGGCACUGGUUGCCCUCCUCUCGCUCGCCUUGAUGGCUGAGUCUUCCCCAGUUGCAUCUCCCUUUGUAGUCAAGGAAUCUGUACCUCUUCCCUCGACUUGGGUGCGUCGUUCCACUGCCGACUCCGAGACCGUUGUCCCUCUGCGCUUCGCUCUUCGUCAGUCCGCCGUCUCUGGCUUGCAGGCUAAGCUCCACGAGACUUCCAACCCUGACUCUGCUCUCUACGGCCGACACCUUUCCGCCGAGCAAGUCUCGUCUUACCUCCAGCCUGAAAAGCGCACCGUUGAGGAGGUCGAGCUCUGGCUUCGUGAUGCUGGUGUAGAGGUCGACGAGAACCUCGCCAAGCGCUCCUUCUCGGGAGACACCUUCACCGUCCACGUCCCCGUCUGGAAGGCUCGCCAGCUUCUCAACGCCGACCUUGGUGUUUACGAGCACAAGCGAUCUGGUACUCUCGCUGUCCGCGCCGAGACUUACUCUGUCCCUCGCAGCGUCUCUGAGCAUCUUGACUACGUCGGACCUCUCACCUUGUUCACAGACCCUAAGCCUCAUGCCUCGGGCAUUGCCGGCGUUCAGAUCGAAGAGCUCCCUGACGUCGCCACCAACCUCGUUUCCAACCUUCAGAAAGCUGCCGGCGACAGCACCCCUGCCGCCUGCAACCCUGGUCGCGUCACCUCCCUUUGCCUCCGCACCUUCUACAAGACGGUCAACUACGUUCCUAAGGCGGCCAACAAGUUCAAGGUGGGCAUCAGUGGUUUCCUUGGCGAGUAUGCAAACUUUGCCGACUUUUCCGGAUACCUCGGCGAGCAGCGUUCUGAUGCCGCCGCGGCAGGUUACAACUUCACCGUUCAGUCGAUCAACAACGGCUUGAACGAUCAGAGCGAUCCUGGAUCCGAGGCUAACCUGGAUGUUGAAACUGUUGGUGGAUUCAUCUUCCCCAUCCCUUUCACCUACUACACUACCACUGGUUCGCCUCCCUUCACACCUGACGCUGCCACCGUUAACAACACCAACGAGCCUUACGAGCUUCAGAUGAACUACCUCCUCUCGCUCGGGGACCAAGACCUCCCCAAGGUCCUUUCCACUUCGUACGGUGAUGACGAGCAGACGGUCCCUCGCGCUUAUGCCGAGAGGGUUUGCAACUACAUCAUGGCUCUUGGUGCUCGUGGUGUUUCGACCAUCUACUCUUCUGGUGAUUCGGGCAUUGGACAUGAUGGAAAGUGCAUUAGCAACGGAGCUGUCAACAAGAACGGUACUCGUCAGUUCCUCCCCGCUUUCCCCGCUUCUUGCCCUUACGCUACUGCGGUGGGAGCUACUCAGAACUUCAGCCCUGAAAUCGCUGUAAACGGCGACCUUCGCGGCUUCUACUCUGGUGCUGGUUUCUCCGACUACUUCAAGCGCCCCUCCUACCAAGACAAAGUCGUCAAAGACUACAUCAAGUCGCUCAACCAAGAAUACAAGGGUCUCUACAACAACCAAGGUCGUGGAUACCCCGACGUUGCAGCCCAGGGUUCCCGCUACGUCAUCAAGGUCGGUGGUAAGAACUAUCUUAUCUACGGCACUUCUGCUUCCGCUCCUACUUUCGCCUCGGUUCUUGCGCUGUUGAACGACAACAGGAUCAGUCAAGGAAAGAGCAGCUUGGGCUUCAUCAACCCUCUCAUCUACAGCAAGUGGUUGGGUACUCCUGCGUUGAAGGAUAUCACUGAGGGCAGCAGUAACGGUUGCAACACUACUGGUUUCCCUGCUAAGCAAGGUUGGGAUGCAGUCACGGGUGCAGGUACUCCUAACUUUGAGGAGAUGUUGAAGCGUCUUCCCUAG